AUGGUGGUUGAUAUUCACCAAGGACACUACGGUUAUGAAUGUGUUGGCGAGGCUAUACGCAGGUAUAUUGAACAUUUAUUUAACAUGAUGUGGCAAUGUAAAUUAAGUUUGUUUUAUUUGAAAGAACAUUUAAAAUUAUAUAUAAACUUCAAAAUUAUAUAUAAACUAUAUAUAAACUAUAAAUUAAAAUUAUAUAUAAACUAUAUAAACUAUAUACAGUUUAUAUAGUUUAUAUAUAUAGUUUAUGUACUAUUUAAAAAACGAGCAGGAGUUUUUAUUAGGUUUAAAGCCACGAGCGCGCAGCGCGAGUGGCUUUAGACCUAAUAAAACACGACCUGUGAGUUUUUUAAAUGGCUUCAAAAACGUUUGCAUAAUAAGUCAAAUCUUUAUAUAAGAAUCUUGAUAUAAAAAUCUUUAUAUAAAAAUCUUUAUAUAAAAAUCUUUAUAUAGUUUGCAUAACAAUGGUCUUUUGUUAAAGUGUUCUUUAGUUGGUAUAAAGACGUAAGCACGUGACUAAUUUCUUACUCAAGAUUGGAUAAUUGCUUCAUGAAUUAUUAAUGAGUUUUUGAAAUAGUUUUCAAACACUCAUUAAUAAUUCAUAAGCUUAUUGGCAAAUCAUGUCAACCAUAAUAUGUCACGUGCAGUGGCUUUAAACACUCCUAAUUAGUAUUCUUUAUAUAAAGAAUACUAAUAAAGCAGUAUAUCUAUAUUGAAUUUGUAGUCGUGUUUGAAGCCGUUUAAUAAACUCGCAGGUCGUGUUUUAUUAGGUCUAAAGCCACUCGCGCUGCGCGCUCGUGUCUUUAAACCUAAUAAAACACUCCUGCUCGUUUAUUAAACAGUACAUAAACUUCUAAAUUAUAUAUAAACUAUAUUUAUUAAGUCCUGAUUCCACGAGCGCUUUUUGUCAGCGAAAUGCGAAAUAUUUCGCCUGUUUCUUUUGAAUUGUGAGCAAUCAAGUAGAAAUAAUUUUUCGAGUGGUCGCAAUUCAAAAGAAACAGGCGAAAUAUUUCGCAUUUCGCUGACAAAAAGCGCUCGUGGCAUCAGGCCUUUAUAUAAAGUAUAGUGCUUAAUAGAGGUUUCGAGCACUGCAUGAUAAAAGUGAUAAUCUCGCAUGUGAGAUUAUUCAUGAUAAUCUCACAUGUGAAAAGUAUCGCUUUUCAAUUAUCGCUUUUCUGUAAAAAUUAUCGCUUUUCAAAGACUGUUCUUUAUAUAAUAAACAGAAAAAUACAUGGGUGCUUGGAAAUACCAGAUUUAUUUCUCGUGUCGAACAAGAUAUCUCGCUCGUUCGCUUCGCUCACUCGUGAGACAUCAUGUUCAACACACGAAAUAAAUCUGGUAUUUCCAAGCACCCAUGUAUUAUUCUCUAUGUAUAAACUUUUUUUCGAAAUAAUCGACUUAUUUUGAUCAAAAGUGGCGUGCAUUCCGCCAUCUUGGAUACGCAUUCGAUAUGCAUACAAGCAGGGUAAAAAGGAAUUUUUUAUCUUGCAAACCACAUGUCAUUAUCAAUAUGAAACUUCAUUUUCCGAAGUCGUUUACGUAGCUACUUAAUUAACCCACAACAUUUUAAGAAUUAUUCCCACAUGCAUGAACAAGUUUUGACAAGUUUACCCUACUUGUGACGUCAUCAAAAACUCAGUUAACUAGAGGGCACUCAGAGACUGCAUACCUCCGCCCCCAUUGAAUUUCGGUCGUGUGAAAUGCAACUAAGACAAUAGAUAAUGAAGGCUGAAGCUUAAUGAGGUUUAUCAUCUCAUUAAAUUGUCUUCUUAGUACUGCGUGCAUACAUUAUACAAGUCCUAAUUACGCAUUCAGUGAGUUUUUUUUAAUUGAUCGGGAAAAGCAAGACAAAAUUUUGUUCAUUUCUUGUUCAAUUUUUAACCAAAUUCAACCAAAUUUUAAUCAGUUCUUCCUUAGUAUUUCUUGAGUUAUCGUGCUCACAGACAAACACACACACAUACACACACGAAAAAGUUUUAAAAGGUCUUCAUAUAUAAUUUUAAAAGUUCUUUCAAAUCAGACAAAGUUAAUUAUUUAUUGCCUUAUCCCUUUAAAUACGGUAAAAUCUUCAGUGUAGGUGUUAUUUACAACAAAAUCUUAGAUCUACUAAAUUAAUUUUAAUACUAAAUACUAUAUAAAACUAUACUGUUGUUAUAUCUCUAGAUAUCCUGAUUACCGUGGCUACUUGUACAUAAAUGACGACGUGCUUGUGAACUGGUGGACAUUUUACAAACUUGAUAAGGAGAAAAUUUGGCUAGGUGCGGAUAUUUGGAUAGAUACAACUCAUAUCAUGGGGAAAAAAGCAAUACCAGAUAAUUGGUUUUGGCAGAGCAAGUGGAGUAAUUCUGCAAAGGCUUGCGAAGACUCGUACUCAGAAAUCACGCAGCAAUAUCGCUCAAAUGAAUUUUUAAACAUCACGAAAUUGGUAGAAACACAUCUUGUUAAUGGCGAAGGGGAAAAGCGUUGUCUAAAGACGUGGUCGGACAUAUUUUAUGUACCCAAAAGGUUCAGUGAUCAGUUUCAGCGGAUCUCUUUUGUGUUUCAUAAAAAUCGAGUGUUCUUGGAAGCUGCAGUUCCGACCAUUUUGAGUUUCCUAGAUUUACGAAGCUCAUGGGAAAAACAUUUUGGGUUGUAUCUGCCGGACAAGUACGGCUUUCGUAAUUUUGCCGAUGGAAAAUUAGUUUGGGAAAGUUAUACUUAUGGUAUUAAAUUUAUACAUCCCGUUAAAUUUCAUGGGGAUAUAGCCAAACCCAACAGAGAUAAGUUAAAAGAUGAUUUAAUACCUUAUUCUAAACGUUUCACAAAAUGUUAG